ACUGAUUGACAGCAACACAUUGACUUAAAGGGAACGAUCUUAAUCAGGAAUCAGAAACGAGAGCGUUUUUAUUUUCAAGUAACUGCUCAAAGAGUAUUUACCACACAGGCAAAAGCCAAUGUCAUAAGGUUCUGGGAAAUCUUGUGCCGUUCCAGAUUCUGGGGAAAUGUUAAAGGACAAGCAAUGUAAGAGUGAUUCCUGUUAACGACGUCACCCUUUUGAUGGAAGAUAGUUAUUUUUUGACCCGUAAAUUCAAUCCCUCUCUUCGCAAGGUCAUCGCCACAACACGGAAUUGCCGGCCCGCCGCUGCAGGGAAAACUGAGAGCCAUGGCGAUGAAUUCUACACCUGGUGGUGAAGUUGGACGCCUUAGGAACGAUGUGAAGUUGCCGAUAGACAUGCCGAGAGACAAGGGGGAAGGCAAAGCAGAAGCGGAGGGAGUGACGAAUGUGGCUGGUGGCAAACGUGGAAAAAAAUCGGAUGAAAGAAUGCGCCAGUUUAAAACUUUCCUGUGGAACCCGGAAAAGAAAGAAUUCAUGGGAAGAACGUCGAAGAGUUGGUCUCUUAUUCUACUGUUCUAUGUCUGUUUAUAUUCCUUACUGGCUGGAAUGUUUUCUCUGUGCGUGUAUGGGAUGCUAUCAACAUUGAGUCCGUAUACACCAACAUACCGUGACCGUGUCAACAAUCCAGGGAUGAUGAUAAGACCAUAUCUCGGUGGAGUUUCAAUCAGGUUCAAACCAACAGUUGAGGCCACGUGGUCACAGUAUGUGCAAAACCUGCAAGAUUUCCUUGCACCUUAUAACGAUAGUAUCCAGGCUAUGAAGAACAUUCCAUGUUCCCCCAGGGAAUACUUCAUGCAAGAUGGUGAUGAAAGUGAAGAAAGACUGGCUUGUCAGUUUAAUCGGGCUACGCUGAAAAACUGCUCUGGAAUUGAAGACCCAACUUUUGGAUAUUCUAUAGGAAAGCCCUGCAUUCUUCUGAAGAUGAACAAAAUCAUUGGUUAUUUGCCGGGCCUGGGAACGACUCCGUACGUGACCUGUGAAAUCCUGAAAGUAGAGAGCAAUGCAACAUUUCACUUCUACCCAGAUGAUGGAGCCUUUGAUCUCAUGUACUAUCCCUAUUAUGGCAAACUGACACAUGUGAAUUAUUCAACCCCACUGGUGGCGGUGCAGUGUGAAAAUAUGGAGCAGAAUUUGAAAGUGAACAUUCAAUGCAAAAUACAUGGGCCUGGCAUAAAAAACGACAUCUUUCAAGACAAAUAUUCCGGCAGAGUUUCCUUCAAUCUUAAUAUUGAUGAAUAAUGCAAGAUAUGGGUUUCUACUGGAGAGAUAUAGACAAGGGCAUGGUGCCGAUCACUUGGUUUGGUAGCCAGGUUUCUGAACAAUCUUUGUUGUCAGCAUAACCAUUCUAUUGCUAAGAUACAGAAACUUAGCAGACUAAUCUCAACUGCUCUGAAUUUAUUGCUAGAAGUUUUAUUUGAAGUUAGAAUUUAUGUUAGUUUUGGUACAACAAUGAGAAACCAUAUUUCUGUAAAGUUUCAACUAUAUUAAAAUUAUAACUCUUUGGUUAUAAAUGACAUAAACUAUGGAUGAGAUUAUA